CUCUUCGCCGCCACACCGUAAACAUGAAGGCGUCAGGCACGUUGAAGGAGUAUAGCGUGAUUGGGCGCAAGCUCCCAUCAGAGCUCGUCCCCAAUCCCCAGCUUUACAAGAUGCGAAUCUUUGCUCCUGAUGUUGUAACUGCCAAGUCCCGUUUCUGGUACUUCCUCUCCAAGCUUAAGAAGAUGAAGAAGGCCAGCGGUGAGAUUGUAUCAAUCACACAGGUCACUGAACGCAAGCCCAAUGUUAUCAAGAACUUUGGCAUCUGGCUUCGUUAUGACUCCCGUUCUGGAACCCACAACAUGUACAGGGAAUACCGGGAUCUGACAGUAUCUGGCGCUGUUACCCAGUGCUACCGUGACAUGGGUUCCCGUCAUCGUGCCCGUGCCCACUCUGUGCAGAUUAUGCGUGUGGAAAGGGUGGCAAGCAGCAAGUGCCGCAGACCAGCCAUCGUCCAGUACCACAACUCUAAGAUCAAGUUCCCCUUCCUUCCCCACUCCAAGAGGAAGAACAUGAAGAUGGACCGCAUUACACCCAAGAUCCCCAUGAUUCCAACUUAUUAAAUAUAAUAAAUGGUCGGGUGAA